CUUCCGGAGGAGGAGGAGGAGGCGGGAAAGAGUAGGCCUUCCGGGAAGUGGAAGAAGGAGGAGGUAACCUCUGAAUGAACCUUGUGAAGAACAUUUCCUUUUGACUUAGGUCAGGAAUGAAAUUGCACAGCACUCACUAGAAAUAAGUUGGAGAAAUUAUACUUCAAGCUACAUAGCUGUGUAUUCAAGGAGGAAAGGGAGGAUUGUGCUGUAAACAGUGGGGCUUGGUAAUUUAUUCAAAUGAAAUAGAGCAAUAGAGAGACUGAGAAGAGGAAAUCAGGAGACCUUCUGGCAUAAUAUUUGAAUCAUAAAUGUAAAAGAAUGGAAAAUCUCCAUUCCUUGUCAAAAUCACACACAGGGGAGAAGCGACAUAAUUGUAUGGACUGUGUGAAAUAUUUCACUGGGAGAAGUUCUAUUACUACACAUCAACGAACUCACACAGAAGAGAAGCUGUAUAAAUGCAUGGAAUGUGGAAAGAGCUUCAGGGAUAGUGGAAAGCUGCGUUCCCAUCAAAGGACCCACACAGGGGAGAAGCCCUAUAAAUGCGUGGAAUGUGGAAAGAGCUUCAGUCACAGUGGGGGUCUGAAUAUCCAUCAAAGAACCCACACAGGGGAGAAGCCCUAUAAAUGCAUGGAAUGUGGAAAGUGCUUCGGUCAUAGUGGGAGUCUGCGUAUCCAUCAAAGGACCCACACAGGGGAGAAGCCGCAUAACUGCAUGGAAUGUGGAAAGUGCUUCAGUGACAGUGGACAUUUGCGUACCCAUCAAAGAACCCACACAGGGGAGAAACCACAUAAAUGCAUGCAAUGUGGAAAGAGCUUCAGUCAGAGUGCAAAUUUGCAUACCCAUCAAAGGACCCACACAGGGGAGAAGCCACAUACAUGCAUAGAAUGUGGAAAGAGCUUCAGUCGCAGUGGACAUCUGCGUUCCCAUCACAGGAUCCACACAGGGGAGAAGCCACAUACAUGCAUGGAAUGUGGAAAGAGUUUCAGUGAGAGCGGACAUCUGCGUACCCAUCAAAUGACCCACACAGGGGAGAAGCCACAUGAAUGCGUGGAAUGUGGAAAGAGCUUCAGUGAGAGUGGGAAGCUGCGUUCCCAUCAACGGGUCCACACAGGAGAGAAGCCACAUAAAUGCAUGGAAUGUGGAAAGAGCUUCAGACACAGUGCGAGUCUGCGUACCCAUCAAACGAUCCACACAGGGGAGAAACCACAUAAAUGCAUGCAAUGUGGAAAGAGCUUCAGUCUGAGUGCAAAUCUGCGUACCCAUGAAAGGACCCACACAGGGGAGAAACCACAUAAAUGCAUAGAAUGUGGAAAGAGCUUCAGUCGCAGUGGACAUCUGCGUUCCCAUCAAAGGACCCACGCAGAGAAGCCACAUAAAUGCAUGGAAUGUGGAAAGAGCUUCAGUCACAGUGCGAAUCUGCAUACCCAUCAAAUGACCCACUCAAGGGACAAUGCAUUAGACAUGAAAGAGCUCACACACAGCUAGAGGAGACCUGCCUUUAUGUUUCCAAGGGUCCCAGGUAGACAAAAAAUUGGGAUGAUGGACAGAAAAAAGAAGGCUGCCAACUUGCUCUCUAUCUGUCAUGUGCAGCAGUUUGUGUGGUCUGGCUUGACAGAGUGUUCAGGACUCAGGAGGCUUUUUCUCUGUAUUGCAGCCAGUUAGGAAGGGGUUAACCUGACCUUUUCUUCCUCAAGACCCUGUAAUCCUGUUCUGGACUGUUGUACCCUGAGUAAUCGUUGACUUCAAAUUCUGGACAGACUACUCGGCUUGUUUUAUGGAAUUGGACUUCAGUUUGCAUCCCUGUUUAUCUGGCUUGACUUUGGAAUUCUGACUUUGGUUUGUACUCUUGGAUUCUUGGUAGUUAUUUUAUGAACUGUGGUUAAUGCAUUCCUGACAUCUGACUAUUGGACUGUGACCUUGGCAAAUAUAGGGUGAGGCAGCAUAACUUCCUUUUUAAAAAUGCGUGCCAUUCAGUCAGUUGAAGACGUAGUGGAGCGCUAGUGGUCUUGUUCAAGAGGUGGGAGUAUAAAGUUUUGUCCCGACACAGUUCAGUCGCCAUCAUGCGUUGGAAUGCUUUUACCGUUGAGGCCUACUUUUCGAGCGGAUUUGGAGUGGCCGGCCUGCUCCAGAUUUGGCCCCUUGUGAUUUUUUUCUAUGGGUUUUUUGAAAACCCGUGUUUAUGUGAAACAUCCAAGGACCCUACAAGAUUCGAAGACCAACAUCCAGGAAGAAAGUGCCAACAUAACGUAUGCUAUGCUGGCAAGAGUCAUGACAAAUGCCAGAAAUUGGUGUACUCAUUGUGUGGAGAAUGGGGGACGUCACCUACCUAAUUUGAUUUUCAAAACUAUGUAAAACAAAACUUUAGGUGUGCGCCUACAUUAUAAUUUUUUUCUGAUUCAUACAAUGGGUUUUUAUUAAGUUUUGAACAAAGGAAGUUAUGCUGCCUCACCCUGUAUUUGUAUAUUUGUAAGUUAUGUGGUCAGAGAUACAAUGGGGUGUAAUAAUAAUAAUAAUAAUAAUAAUAAUAAUAAUAAUGCGUGCUUAGAGUAAAGCCCCUAUAUAACAACAUCAACUUUAUUUUUAUCUCACCCUAUCUCUCUGAAGGGACUCAAAGGUGGUUUACAAUAGGAAGAUUGGCAAGCAAACAAAUCAAAUUAUAAACAGUAAAUGAAUAAUAUCAAAAUAUAAGUAUAAAAUAACCCAAACUAUAUAAAAUAACCAAAUUACCAAGAUUAAAAUGCAUACAACAUUUAAGAUACAUUGAAUAGGGACCCCUAUUGAGGUGGUGAUUGGGAGGGGAGGAUGUGGGAAAGGGAGACACAGAUCAUUAAUUUGGCCUAAACAUUGGAACAGAUCAAAUAUAACAAUCCAACCUAUAAGUGAAAACUCUAAAUUACCAGUUCGGCCAGAAAUUGAAGGAAGAACUCUUGUAAAUUUAAAUAGGACUCCUGACAAGGUUAUUAUUAUUAUUAUUAUUAUUAUUAUUAUUAAACUUUAUUUGUACCCCUCUAGCAUCUACCCCGCUAGCAUUAUUUGUAUCCCGCUAGCUGAGUACCCAGGAUGGCGGUCCCUACAGGUUGUGAGUGGUGCUAUUCAAUGCCAGGUGCGUGAAUGGAAAAACAUCUAUUAUUCAGGAUCUAAUCCUUGAAGAACAUGCUGACCUGGCUUGUAUAACGGAGACCUAGUUGGACGAGGCUGGGGGGGGUUAAUCUCUCCCAGCUUUGUCCACCAGACUACUCCGUUCAGCACCAGUCAAGAUCUGGAGGGAGGGGGUGUUGCAAUUGCUAUAAGGAUACCAUCCCCCUGACCAGGUGCCCCAUCCCGCAGUCUACCACAUUUGAGUGUGUCGGCCUGAGAAUUGGUGACCAGGAUAGGGAUUCUGUUGGUGUACCGACCACCCCGUUCCACUACAGUCUCCCUACCUGAGCUAGCCGGAGUGGUCUCAGGUCUGGCCUUUGAGUCCCAACAACUCAUUGUGCUGGGGGACUUCAAUGUCCAUGCCAAGACCACUCUGUCAGGAGCGGCUCAGGACUUCAUGUCAGCCGUGGCAACCAUGGGCCUGUCCCAAUUAGUAUCUGGUCCCACCCACAGUGCUGGACACACGCUGGAUC